GUCGCGUCCUUGAACUGAUCUCGCCGUGUAACACAAAGCACGGAUUACACACAUUCGAACGAACAUCAGAACCAGCAGUUCUAGAUCUAUCAAACAUGGCGACCGUAGGGACCAGUCUGGUGUUCCGACAGUUGUUUGAGAAGGAGAGCAGUACCUACACGUACCUGCUGGCCGAUAAGGUAACGUAUACUAGUACGUUCUGUAACAUAUCCCAGGUCCGCACGACUCCCGGUCACACCAACGGCUGUGUGACGUACGUCCUGAUGGACGAGUCCAUCCGCAUGGCCUUCACGGGGGACACACUCUUGGUACGCGGCUGCGGACGAACCGACUUCCAAGAGGGGGACCCGGCCACACUGUACGACUCCGUGUGGGGAAAAAUCUUCACCCUCCCCGAGGACACUCUGCUGUUUCCCGCGCACGACUACAAGGGGCAAACCGUGACUACAGUCGGGGAGGAAAAACGACAUAACCCCAGACUCACACAAACCAAAGAAAAAUUCGUUGAGAUUAUGAAUAACUUGGGUCUAGCGUAUCCCAAACAAAUUGACAGGGCAGUACCUGCUAACUUGUUGUGUGGGCUACAUGACUAAAAAUUACCGAAAAUCACCUACUAA